AUGUUUGCGGGCCGGGUGCCGGCCACGGCGGCAAAAGGCGCCAAGUUUUCUGUAGAGGAGUUGUACGGUUUUACCAAAAAGCCCAAGGUGGCCAGAGGGCAUUGCGGGAAAGCGGACGGCAAGAAGGAUACCAAGGAGAAAGACGAAUCGGUGCUGGCGUCUCACAUCUUGGAGGCGGCCAAGAGGGUGAUGGAGAGGCGACGCUUGGAAAUCUACUUGAGGGAGUGCGACAUCACCAUGGAGGACAGCGGCAUGGUCUACAGGAAUCUUGGAAAAUCCGGACUCAGGGUCUCCUGCCUGGGACUGGGAACAUGGGUGACGUUUGGCUCUCAGAUUUCAGAUGAGAUGGCGGAUAGUGUGAUGACACUGGCGUACAACAAUGGCAUCAACUUGUUUGACACGGCUGAAGUCUAUGCCUCGGGCAGGGCUGAGACCACGUUGGGAAACAUCCUGGAGAAGAAAGGCUGGAGGAGGUCCAGUUAUGUGGUGACGACAAAAAUCUACUGGGGAGGACAGGCUGAAACAGAGCGAGGGUUGUCGCGAAAACAUAUCAUCGAAGGACUGCGUGGUUCUCUCGCCAGGCUGAAGUUAGACUACGUGGACAUCAUCUUCGCCAAUAGAAGCGACGUCAACUCGCCCAUGGAAGAGGUGGUGCGAGCAAUGACAUUUGUGAUCAACCAGGGCAUGGCCAUGUACUGGGGUACCUCGCGCUGGAAUGCCAUGGAGAUCAUGGAAGCUUACUCCAUCGCUCGCCAGUUUAAUCUGGUUCCUCCCGUGUGCGAGCAGGCCGAGUAUCACUAUUUCCAACGGGACAAAGUGGAACUACACAUUCCUGAACUCUACCACAAGAUUGGUGUCGGGGCUGUGACGUGGUCGCCGUUAGCCUGCGGAAUGCUAACGGGAAAAUAUGACAGUGGCAUCCCUCCAUGUUCCAGAGCUGCCAUGAAGGGUCACGCGUGGCUGAAGGAGCGUCUGUGCAGCGACGAGGGCAAACAACAGCUGGGUAAAGUCAAAGAGCUUAACCUGCUCGCGGAAAGGCUCGGCCGCACCCCUGCUCAGCUUGCCAUUGCAUGGUGUCUGCGCAGUGAAGGCAUCAGUUCGGUUCUUCUGGGUGUUUCCAACACCGAGCAGCUGAUGGAGAACCUCAGCUCCAUCCAGGUUCUGUCACAGCUGACUCCGGCCAUCAUUGCAGAAAUGGAUACGUUGCUAGGCAACAAACCCGAGAAGCUCAAGAAGGCGGCAAGUAGCUGA